CUUCCUUGUUCGCGUGCGCGGAGCGGGAGCGGGGGCGGCCCUGGCGCGCGCGCCAGGGAGCUUAACGGACGCCUAACCGAUGGAGAGGCCAUCGUGGUGGUUUCAGUGGGGGAAGGCAGAAAAGAGGUCAAAAUGCAAAUCUUCGUGAAGACCCUGACCGGCAAGACCAUCACCCUAGAGGUGGAGCCCAGUGACACCAUCGAGAAUGUCAAGGCCAAGAUCCAGGAUAAAGAGGGCAUCCCCCCUGACCAGCAGCGACUCAUCUUUGCUGGCAAGCAGCUGGAAGAUGGCCGCACCCUUUCUGACUACAACAUCCAGAAAGAGUCCACCCUGCACCUGGUCCUCCGCCUGAGGGGUGGCAUGCAGAUCUUCGUGAAGACCCUGACCGGCAAGACCAUCACCCUGGAAGUGGAGCCCAGUGACACCAUCGAGAAUGUCAAGGCCAAGAUCCAGGAUAAAGAGGGCAUCCCCCCUGACCAGCAGCGACUCAUCUUUGCCGGCAAGCAGCUGGAAGAUGGCCGCACCCUUUCUGACUACAACAUCCAGAAAGAGUCCACCCUGCACCUGGUCCUCCGCCAGGGUGGCAUGCAGAUUUUCGUGAAGACCCUGACCGGCAAGACCAUCACCCUGGAAGUGGAGCCCAGUGACACCAUCGAGAACGUCAAGGCCAAGAUCCAGGAUAAAGAGGAUCCCCCUGACCAGCAGCGACUCAUCUUUGCUGGCAAGCAGCUGGAAGAUGGCCGCACCCUUUCUGACUACAACAUCCAGAAAGAGUCCACCCUGCACCUGGUCCUCCGCCUGAGGGGUGGCAUGCAGAUCUUCGUGAAGACCCUGACCGGCAAGACCAUCACCCUGGAAGUGGAGCCCAGUGACACCAUCGAGAACGUGAAGGCCAAGAUCCAGGAUAAAGAGGGCAUCCCCCCUGACCAGCAGCGACUCAUCUUUGCUGGCAAGCAGCUGGAAGAUGGCCGCACCCUUUCUGACUACAACAUCCAGAAAGAGUCCACCCUGCACCUGGUCCUCCGCCUGAGAGGUGGCAUGCAGAUCUUUGUGAAGACCCUGACCGGCAAGACCAUCACCCUGGAAGUGGAGCCCAGUGACACCAUCGAGAACGUGAAGGCCAAGAUCCAGGAUAAAGAGGGCAUCCCCCCUGACCAGCAGCGACUCAUCUUUGCUGGCAAGCAGCUGGAAGAUGGCCGCACCCUUUCUGACUACAACAUUCAGAAAGAGUCCACCCUGCACCUGGUCCUCCGCCUGAGAGGUGGCAUGCAGAUCUUUGUGAAGACCCUGACCGGCAAGACCAUCACCCUGGAAGUAGAACCCAGUGACACCAUCGAGAACGUGAAGGCCAAGAUCCAGGAUAAAGAGGGCAUCCCCCCUGACCAGCAGCGACUCAUCUUUGCUGGCAAGCAGCUGGAAGAUGGCCGCACUCUUUCUGACUACAACAUUCAGAAAGAGUCCACCCUGCACCUGGUCCUCCGUCUGAGGGGUGGCUAUUAAUCCUUCAGUCUGCAUUCCCAGUGGGCAAUGAUGGCAUUACUCUGCACUAUAGCCAUCUGCCCCAAUUUAAGUUUAGAAAUUACAAGUUUCAGUAAUAGCUGAACCUCUGUUAAAAAUGUUAAUAAAGGUUUUGUUGCAUGGUAA